CGGAUCGUUCACUAAUCCCCCUUCACGCUGCUCCAGAUGUGAACGAGGUUGGCGUGUUUACAAGAGAAAACUGAAGUACAGCGCCGAUCAAAGUCAGGACUAUAAGAAGCUGCUCAACCCAGGUCCAUUGCCCCUCUUGUCCGGUGCCGGUUCUGGGAGCCUGAAAACCUCUUCCUCCCCGCGGUCCAAAUCUCCUGUGCUGGUGGUGAAAACAUCAAAACAGCUCCAGUGCCCCAGCAGUCCAGGCAGCAUCACUGACUACUUUAUCUACAGAAAAUGUCCACUGAACUCUACCGUGCCAGUCAACCAGGUGGAAAUGAUGCAAGUGUUCAAGGCACCACAGUAGGGGGCAGCAAACCUUUACACCGCUUUCUUAAGGGGCAACCCAAGAUUAUUGGCAUCAUCAAGCUGGUCGUGGGCUCAUCUAUGUUCAUCGAUUCCAUCGCAAUGUCACUAGACUACCCUGUUCGAGGCAUGAUGAUAAUCAUCCCCCCUGGCUUCUUGGUGGGAACAUUGUUCAUCAUAUGUGGGAUUCUGUAUAUUCUGACAGAGCACAACCCAACCAAGAAAACGGUGACCAUAUCAUUGGCUCUGAGUAUCGUGACCAUACUGGCAGCACUUUGGACUGUGUUGCACAUUGGGAUCACAGUAGGUGAAGGCGACGACUUCCGAAGCUAUGAGUUAAUGGAAGACAAUGUCACAGAAAUUGAUGAUCCAAAUUGGUCACCAUUUGAGACCAUGGUAAUAGCUAUGGAACUGGUCUUCCUAUUCUACACUGUUGUGGGUGGAAUUAUAGUCAUUGUAAUGACAUGUCUGGCUGUGGCUGCCCUGCGUUCCUCAAAGAGCGAGGCCAUUAUAGUGAUGACUACUGCAGCAUCUGAGACACCAGCGGACUAACGAGCACAAGAGGAUGUUCUAAAGGUGCAAGAAGUUGAGCAGAGAAAGAAAUAUGAAGCGCACAGAGACAGUUAAACAUUUUUCAUUACUCACGAUACUGACCUCACCAGCAUUUUUGGGUUGUUGUAUACAAUUCAAUACAUAUGUGUUGCAAUGUGGUGUUUCUGUGAACAAUUAAUAUUAACACUUCUAACUCCAGAAGAGUUACAUUCUUGUACUUAUAUGCAUGGGCGGUACAUGGAUUUUUUUUUUUUUUUACUGCAGUAGCUUAGUAGUUGGGUUCAAAAUAAUUAAACAAGUAUGGGCUGUGCCCCAAUGCAAGGUAUGAGUGGUUUUAGAACAAGCAGCUCGGGCAUAAUGAUUUAUUGUCAACUCAUGCCACUUUUUACUUCUCCUACACUACAUUUCAGAGGAAAAUAUUGUGCUUUUUAUUUCACUACAAUUAUCUGACAGCUUAAGUCACUUUAUAAAGAUUUUUGUACACAGGACAUAUUAAAAUGUAUAGGUAGAGCUGAGUGAUUAAUCAAUAAAUAUAAAAUUAACUGGCAACUAUAUUGAUAAUUGUUUGUUAUUUUUUAUGUAAAAGCAUUUAAUUGUUCCAGCUAAUCAAAUGUGAAGAAUUGCUUCUUUUGAUUUAAUUCUCCUUUUUACUUUCCAUAUUUAAAUGACAUCUUGCAGAAAAUGGAGUGACGCCUGCGAGCUAGUUCAGACAGGCAACUCCAGCUGUGCUGCCAUACACAUGACACGCCCCACUCCUCAUACAUCCUCCACCUAAACACACCCUUUAUCCAAUCUGGCGGUCUAGUUAAGAGUAAACCUCAGCUCUCCCUCUGCCUGCCAAUGCAGCUGCUGCAUCUGUAUUGCCGCUUGCUUUCUCAGCCCCAGCAUCCACCUGUAGGCUCUCACGGGGGAUUUUACUACAUCACUCCUCAAUACCUCAUGUAACUGUCUGAGGAGUGAUGAGGUCGGAUCCUAGACACAAAAAUCUAAUAUGUUCUGUUGUUGCAAUAAACAUAUACUGCGUAACAUGAAUUAUUUGACUGAAAUACUUCUACAUAUUCUA